AUGAAGGAGGUUCGAGUACGCCGCCAGACUCGGCGCCUCCAUCACUGGCCCGAGAUUCAACUCAACAUCUGGCUCAUCGUGGUGCUGUCGGCCUCGGCGACAUGCUUGGGCAUAUUUUCUUGGUUCAUGGUCGUACAAUCGCAGAUGGAGUUGGGGACACCAUGGCUCUUCCCGUACAUGGUCGUUGUGAGCGCUCUCGGCGUGACCUUCUUUUUCAUUGUUCAAAUCCUCGUCGCUCGAGGGCCGUUGCUACCGGGCAUUCUUCUCGUCGGUAGUUUCAUCCUGUUUGUCCUGUGGCUGACAGGAUUGAUCGAGACCUCACUACAACUAUACGGAGUCUCGGGCAAUGUCAACGACAAUUGCCAGAUCUGGGUCGUCGAAAACGUGUCCUAUGGGAACAGCAUCAACACAUUGGCCUGGCUGACGCAAAGUACGAUCUGUAAUUGCUGGAAAACGGCCUUUGCGUUCGAGCUCGUGAACACUUUGUUCUAUCUGUGGAUGAUUUUCAUGUCGUGGCAGGUUCACCGAAAUUACUACCAUUGA